AUGAAAUCCGUCGCCGAGAGCUUAUUAGGCAUGCUCCUCACCGCCGUCGGCUCCAUGACAGGCAUGCUCCUCGUUUUCGCUAUCGAAAGACAUCGACCGAAGAAACCUUUACCGGUGGAUGAGGAGGUCGGUGUUCCCGAAACAGCACCAAUCGAGGCAGAAGGGGAGGGUCAGGUGAAAGAUGAUGGGAAGCACGAGGCCGAACAGGCAGCAGAUGAAGAGGGAGUAGGGCGGGAGGGAGGCAAUAAGAAGGAUGGUGAUGCAGAGAACAAGGUAGAGGGGGAGGAGAAGCCGCCAAGGUGGUGGGAAGUCGGAUGGUUGGGAUGGCUGGCACGGAAGAUGCGGAGGUCUGAGGGGGAGGUGGAGGGACCGAAGCAUGUUGUUCAAGUGGAUGCGAGGGAAGUGGAGGGAUUGGUAGAGGGGGUGGAGCAUGUAGAGGGGGGAGGGGUGGUGGUGGAGAAGCCGGUGGAGGCGAGGGUUAAGCGGGAGAAGGGAUGGAGGUGGUGA